UCUGAAACUGCGGGCUCAGAGCCGGGUUCUGGGCUUACAGACAACCUCUCUCUCCUCUUGCUGAGAAAGCAGUGGCAGCAGCGGCGGCGGCGAGGCUUGGCCCACAGCUCCCUCGUUCCCUUCCACCACCUGGGGAAUUCCCAAGGUGAAGGAGACGGUCCUGGACGACCCCAGGAAGAGGGACAGGGGUGGUGUGCAGUGCAACGAGACCCAGGGAAAUAGCGAGCACCGAACGCUGACGAGGUGGGAGGGAGUGUGGGCAGCUGCAGAGCAGGGGAGCUCGCCGCGGAUGGAGGGACAGUAGAAGGUUGCAGGAGUCCCUCUGGGCCUGGCUGGUGACACUUCGGCUGCUACUUGGGUCUGCACCCUCAUCUUGACAUGUUGAGUCCCAAGAUUGGCAUCGCUGUCCUGUUGACAGUCUUGCAGGUGGCCUAUGGACAGAAGGUGAACAGCCUGACUGCCUGUUUGAUGGACAAGACCCUGAGGGUGGACUGCCGCUAUGAAAAUAACACCAAGUCCCCGCUUCAGUAUGAGUUCAGCCUGACCCGAGAGAAACAAAAGCAUGUGCUGAACUCCACAAUGGGAGUGCCUGAGCAUACCUACCGGAGCCGGGUCAACCUCUCCAUCUCCCAUAACUUAAUGAGCCUGUCCCUGAAAGAUUUCACCCAAAAGGAAGAGGGGAUCUAUUCCUGUGACCUGCGUGCUUCUGGAAUCCCCAACUCCUUUGUCACCAAGAACAUCACUGUCUACAAAGAUAAACUGCAGACCUGUGGGGUCAUGAGCCUGCUGGUUCAGAACACCUCAUGGCUGCUGCUGCUGCUGCUCUCUCUCCCCCUUCUACAGGCCACGGAUUUUGAGUGCCUGUGAUUGGCGGGGGGACCUGGAGGAGACAUAAAAAAUGAGGCCAAACCCCAGGAGCCCCCCCUACUUCUCUCUGAGCCGGCUGUCCCACUUCACCCCCCAUCCUGGGGAGGUGAGAGGAGGCAGGAAACCCACCCCCAUAGAGGAAUCCUAGCUCCGCAUGCCAUCAUUCACCUAUUCUUCCUCCACCUCGCCUCCUCGCACUUCACACUCCCCUUAUCCAGUACCACCGGCUGCAUUUUUGUAUUUGUCAUUCCAGAGAUGCUUCUGUGAUUUGUUUGGAGUUACUUUUCUUCUUUUCUUUCCUUUGGAAGUUUGUAAAGGAGGUAGCAAGGGGGCAGAGGAGAGACCAAGCCAGUUUCCUUGGAUUGGCAAGGACUGAUUUGCUAUGACCUCGAGAGAGGCUCCGCAGAGCAUGUGUACAUGAUAGCAAGGGGGAAGGAGGGCACAUGAGAUCUUCUGUGCCUGCUCGGGUUUAGGAGGACAGAGAAUGAUAUGGGGGAAGCAGUAUGUGGGAGGUGUCAUGUGUCGGGAGCAUCCCACGGCCAAGAUGAGAAAAACAUUGGACCCAUUCUUGAUUAACGCAAGACAAUGGUUCUAGGUUUCCCAAAUCUGCCCCGUUGUCUUUACUGAGCUGGAAAGGACCUCACCAGAAUGAUCAGUUGGAAAUGCCCCCAUCUUACCACUUUCAGAAAUCCCCUAGAUUCCCCUGGCAAGAAGGCCAUCAGCAAAUGCAGAAGGGCCUAGAAAGUAAGGAAGAUGGAGGUGGAGCAGAGGGGGAAAGGAGAAAAACUGUACUGAGCAGUGUCAGUGGACUCCCACUCUAGUCUCUGCAUCCAACCCUAGUGAAUGGGGGCCUAGGAAAAAACCAGGAAUGGGAAAUCUCCCAGUAUUUCCAUCUCUGUUAUAUGGCCAUCUUCACGCUCUUGCCACCACCACCCAACUUCCACAAAAGCUUCCAAAAUUCCAACCAAGAAGCUGACCAAGCCAAAUCAAGGCUAUGCCCAGAUAACUGGAUCCUUCUAUCCUAGGUGAGGAGCUAGGUCUGGGUGGUAGCCAUGUACCUGAAGCAGCACCCCUUUGGGGGCAUUUCUGUCCCCCUGCCCUGUUGAUUGGACUGCUCGGGUAUCUCUCUGGUGACAUCACAGAGCCAAACUGGAGUUUUCUGAGGAAUACAGUGGAGAAAGACCAAUAAACGGUGCCAAUCUUCCUGAAAUAAGGUGUAAAAACCCAGAACCCAGCUCCCCACAACUACUGGCAUUGCUGUCUUGUCCUGUGAUCAUGUGUAUCGUCUCCACAGCUUGUAUUAUGGCAUCUAGCCAAGGAUAAACAAAACUACACAAUAAAGCCAAGCCUCUGGA